UGGGCAUUGAUUUGAUGCACAACUAACACACAACUGCCAAGCAAGAAGAUCAACCAAAGAGCAAGCAAGAAGCAGGAAGCAAAGCAGAUACACACACGCUUUCCACAGACAGACGGACGGAGAUGGCUGCGGGGUCUGGGUUUGUGCUGGUGUUGUUGUCAUGGCUGGGAUCGGCGAUCCUGUUUGUCUUUGGCAUCCUAUGCCUCGCGGCUGGAUUGUUCUACAUGGCUGAGUUUGUGGAGGAAAACACGGUCCUAACGAAGAAGUCUCUGCAGAAGAUCCUCAUCGGCGUGGUUGUGGUGCAAGUGCUUGUUGGGGUGCUGUCAACGGUGUCGAUCUGGCCCGUGACUCUCGUCGGUCUGGUCGCCCAUGGGCUGUAUGCGCAGCUCCUGGUCACCUUCCCCUACUUUGAUCUCUCAUCCCCCAAGUUUAUCGGCAGUGCAGUGCUGUUGGUCAUCCACCACUUUGUUGUGUUCUCCCACUUUUCAUACCGGUACUAUCCAUUUGAUCAGCCAGCCGAAGCACGACAGAAAGGAGGCGAGCUCGCCGCUUCAACGGCCGCUGUUGACGUGGUGAAUGAGACACCAGUAUCAAGCACCGCGAAGCCACAACAGCAGCCUACCAGCGAAGAAGGACAGCGAGGCGACGAUGGCGAAGACGCAAAGGGCGUGACACAACACCAAGCACACCCAGCACCGACCACUUCGACUACUGUUUCUGCCGAGGACGAACAUGCGAUCCGCAAGGAAGGCGUGUCGCCUGCUGGGCUGCGCCAGUUCCUUGCCGAUCUCAAGGCCGCACACCCAGACACGUACCAGAAGAUGACCACCAAAGAGGCGUGCGACAGCGUGGUGAUCCCACGCACCAAGGCGAAGCAGUGUGCGUAUGUCGACGUCAUGGAUUCACAGCACGUGGGCAGGAAGGCGACCGUGUUUGUGUCGCACGCGUGGCGCUACAAGAUCGUGGACGUGAUUGGCACCCUCCUGGAGUUUGCAGGCGAGCAAGGCGAGGACGACGGCGAAGACAAAGCGCAAGUGUUCUUCUGGUUCGAUCUCUUCAUCAACAACCAGAAUACGGACAUCACAGCCAACCUUCCUCAAGAGUGGUGGAGCACGACGUUCAAGGAGUCCAUUGCUGCGAUCGGCCACGUGCUGCUGGUGUUGACACCGUGGCACGACCCCGUGCCGCUGACACGGGCAUGGUGCCUGUGGGAGAUCUUCUGCAGCGCAAGUCAGGAAGACGUGCAGCUCACCAUCCGGCUGCCGAACGCAGAGCGAGACGCGCUGAAGGAGGCUGUGCUGGAGACCUUCGAGGCCGUAACAGACGCAAUGGUGCGCGUGCAGGCCGAGCGGGCAGACGCCUGGGACCCCAAGGACAAGGAGAUGAUCUUCAAGGCGAUUGAGGACGGCGUUGGCUUCCUACACUUGAACAAGGUGGUCAAGGACCAGAUGCGGAACUGGUGCUUCUCAGAGAUGCUCUCCUUUGUGGAGCCAGCUGAUGACGAGCAGGUUGAUACGCCCCAGUUUGCGCGCCUCUGCUACAACGUUGGUGUGUCUCUCAAAACUGCUGGUCGUUACGACCACGCAUUGUCUUUGUUUGAGCGGUCCCUGAACAUCUACCUGGAGCGACACGGGCCAGAGCACGCAAACGUUGCGGGCGUAUAUGACGCCAUGGCUCAGGUGUAUGAGAGCAAGGGCGAGCAUGACCGCGCCCAGGAGUACUUCCAAAAGAGCCUGCAGAUUGCACUGGACACGUUGGGGGAGGAGCAUCCUUCCACAGCAGGCACAUACGGCAAGCUUGGCGGAGUGUAUGAGAGCAACGGCGAAUAUGACCGCGCCAUCGAGUACUACCAGAAGAGCCUGAAGAUACAGCUGGACACGCUGGGGGAGAAGCAUCUCGACAUAGCAACCACAUACAACGGCCUGGGUCAGGUGUACAGCAGCAAGGGCGAGUAUGACCGCGCCAUCCACUACUACCACAAGUGCCUGCAGACCUACCUUGAGACGCUGGGGAAGAAGCAUCCGUACACAGCAACCGCAUACAACAACCUGGGCCUCGUGUACAAGAGCAAAGGCGAGCAUGACCACGCCGUGGAGUACUUCCAACAGAGCCUGCAGAUCAAGCUCGACACAUUGGGGGAGGAGCAUCCGUCCACAGCAGGCACCUACAACAAUUUGGGCCAGAUGCACUACAGCAAGGGCGAGUACGACCGUGCCAUCCACCACUACCACAAGUGUCUACAGAUUUACCUUGGCACGUUGGGAGAGAAGCAUCCAUCCACAGCAACUACAUUCAACGUCCUGGGUCAAGUGCACAACAGCAAGGGUGAGUAUGACCGUGCUCUGGAGUACUACCAGAAGUGCCUGCAGAUCGACCUGGACACGUUGGGGGAGGAGCAUCCAUCUACAGCAAACACGUAUAACAGCCUGGGCCAGGUGUACAAGAACCAGGGUGAGUAUGGCCGCGCGCUGGAGUGCUACCAGAAAGAUUUGAAGAUUACACUGGACACGCUGGGGGAGAAGCAUCCAGACACAGCAACCACAUACCAUGACCUGGGCCAGGUGUACAACAGCAAGGGCGAGUAUGACCGUGCAAAACAGCUGUUUCAACAAGCUGUCGACAUCUGGAUGGACACACUUGGCCCGGACCACCCACGCACCAAGAUGGGGGUGCGGUGGCUCGAUUCGUUGCACGAGUAACAACGAGAAAGCCUGUGUUUGACAGCACAGGUCGCGCCCAGUUUCAGCGUGUGUUGCUCGAUUGCUGGCUCUGCGUUCUCAGACUUUGCCUGGUCCUGCAUCAGUGCAUCGUGUCAUGGCACUCUUCUUCUUUGCAAUGGUUCUUUGUUGUUGUCAGUUGUUCUCGUUAACUUCGGCGCUCUCCAGAAAACACUUGCAUGACGACAUUACAUGAUGUGACUGCUUAUUGCAUUACCGCAUGCACAUCUACACAACGACACCAACAAGAC